GUGAAAAAGUGACUCGGUUAACUAUAAUGGUAAGCAGCAUGGUUACCCCGCCGUGUCAUGUAAAUGAGCCAGACGAGUGCGACGUUGCUUGCUGGGCUACUUGAGUACGGUUGACCGUACGAUCUUAAAGAACCCCCAAUCUACUCGCAUCACUCACGAGAUUCCAGGGGAAGGGGGAAAAGUGGAAUCGAAAAGGGUGUUCGUCUUCUUCUACACUACCUUAAGAGGUUAUUAAUCUUGCUACCCGAUCCAACAAUUUUCCGAGACUCUGUGAAUCACCAACUGACCACAGUUCGUCCCCGCACCCCUCAUUACGUUCGCUCUCUCGUUCUUUUGCUCCAGACCUCAAGCAUGUUCAACAGCAUAACCAUGCUCUGGGCGAUCCUUGCGGCUUCGCUGCUGGCCCAGCCCUUGAACGCAGCGGGCCCCGUCCCUGUUCGCCGGCAGACCACAAACACGGACGCCCCGACAACCUUCAAGUCCGCCGGCAACCCCAUCCUCGCCGAUGGCUCCGUCUUCUCGGCCGACCCGGCGCCGCUCGUCGUCAACGAUACGCUCUACAUCCUCGCCGGACGCGACGAGGCCGGCCCGGAAGUCAACGGCUUCGUCAUGAACGAGUGGCAGAUCUUUGAGUCCAAGAACCCGGACCCGGCCGGCGCCGACUGGACUCUGCACCGCAACGUCGCCGAGCCGCAGUCCAUCUUCUCCUGGGCCCGCGAGGGCACCGCUUACGCCAGCCAGAUCGUGCAGGGCCCAGACGGCCGCUUCUAUCUCUACGCGCCCGUGACGCAAAAGUCCGCCACCGCUGCAUCGGACCCCUUCGCCAUCGGCGUCGCCGUGUCCGACUCGCCCCUCGGCCCCUUCGCAGAUGCCCACCCGGCGGGCCCCAUCAUCUCCCAGACGGUGCCCGCCCCCGGCAACGAUAUCCAGAACAUCGACCCGACCGUGCUCGUCGACGACGGUCGCGUCUUCAUCUACUUCGGCACCUUUGGGGCCCUCAAGGGCUACGAGCUUGAACCCGACAUGGUGACCGUCAAGGGCGCCGUCGUCGACGUCACCACCCUCACCGGCUUCUUCGAGGCUCCCUGGAUUCUGAAGCGCGAGGGGACCUACUACAUGCUCUACGCCGCCAACAACGCCGGCGCCGACUCCCCCUGCACGCCGACCAGCUACCACGCCUGCCUGGCCUACGGCACGGCCGAGGACCCCCUCGGGCCCUGGACCUUCCGCGGCGUCUUCCUCGACAUCGUCUCCUCGACCACCUCGCACCCGGGCGUCUACCGCCUCGCCAACGGCGACUGGGGCCUGGCCUACCACACCCGCGACGCCGAGGGCGGCACCCACUUCCGCCGUAGCGUCGCCAUCGACAAGCUCACGUGGGACGACUCGGCCGCGCCCCCGGCCAUCAACAAGGUCGUGCAGACGAAGCGGCCCGGGCCGGUGACGGAACCCACGCGCAACGUCGCUCCGGCCGCCGUCGCCUCUUCCGCGGGGGAAACGCCGAUCCAGUACUGGAUCAGAUCCGUCAACGACGGCCGCGUCGAGGCGGCGCCGCUGCCGCCGGAUUACUGGUCCUCGUACGCUGCCGAGCGGUCCCCCGAGACGAGCACGCUGACGCUGACCUGGGACGCCCCCGUCGAGCUUAACGGCGUCGCCGUGGCCUUCUUUGCCGACCAGCCGGCAGGCUCCAACGUCGGCGUCGCGCCGCCGGCGUCCUGGCACAUCGAGUACCGUGACGACGACGGCGGCGGCGCGUGGAGUGCCGUUUCUGCCGCGGCGUCGUCAUUCCCGACGGAGGCGACGGACUCGCCGACGGAGGUGGGCUUCGCGACUGUGUCGACGACGGCGCUGCGAGCCGUGUUAACUGCGUCCGGGAGGGGCGGGCAGUUUGCGGGCGUCGCUGUCAAGGAGUUCUUCGCGUUCGCCCCGACUGCCCCAGAGUCAUGAACAUACCCUGGCUUCAACUAUUGUUCUGAAGAGGGGGGGGGGGGGAGGGGGGGGAGGGAGGAGACAGCCGCAUGUAGUUUUGAAGCCGAAACUAAAGCAAACCGAAAACAUCUCCGGCGCUGUCGAUGCUUCGCAUGUGUAAGGAGGUAGAAGGUCGGUGGUGUGAAGGCAAUAUGGGGUUGAAUCAGACCCAAUAAAGGUCGUGGUUCUAGGGCAUCGUGUUAAUGUGUCGCCGCAGAGCAAAGGAUUCAUUCUAAAGACGUUCUUCAGAAGAUUUCAUAAAUAACCGCGCGACCCUGUUGGGCCAAUUCACAACAACAACUAUGCCGUC